CACGAGGGGGUAGGCAGGCUGCGAGGUUUGAAUAGGGGAAGUUGACAGAGCGCAGAGCUGUGCGUGAGUUCAGUGUGUUUGCAAAUAUAGAGUGAGCUCAACAGACGGACUAGCGGACUCUGAGCAAAGCGACGGCUGCACCGCGUUGCUAUUGCACGAAGAGGACGCUUUCUUGUCACACUUUAUCUUGAUUCAACAAGAUAUCUAUAUAUAUUUUUCUUGUCUUUUAUUGCCUGAUACUUGGGAUUGCAAUGGAUGUUCUACCAAUGUGCAGCAUUUUUCAGGAACUUCAGAUCGUCCAUGACACUGGCUAUUUCUCUGCAUUGCCGUCGCUUGAAGAAUACUGGCAACAGACAUGUCUGGAGCUGGAGAGAUAUUUGCAGAGCGAGCCGUACGUCUCUGCGUCUGACCUCAAGUUUGAGGGCCAGGAAGAUCUUUGGAGCAAGCUCAUCUUGGCUUGUGGAGAUAAGGGAGAUGGGAACGGCAACCUUCCCAGCGUCAAGGAAGAGGACAAUCAGGACUGCCAAAUAUUAGAAAUCAACAGCAUGAAUUCGGAUGCCAGCAGCGAGGCGUCUGACAGCUCGGAGGAGCUCUCGCCCACUCACAUCUUUACCUCCAACCCGCUGGGCUCGGUUCUGACGGAGUCAGCACAUCACUUGAGUUCCUCUAUCAUCAGCACGCCUCCGUCCUCCCCGGAAACCCCCCAGGAGCCCGGCGUCCCGCAGGUGUGGGGCUCCACGCAGACUGACUUGCACGUGCCGGCGAAGAUCCGGCAAAACGGACUGGGGAAGGCCUCUGAUAAGGCUUCCGCAGGAGGGGACGCCUCUCCGGACGGCAGGAGGAGAGUGCACAGGUGUCACUUCAACGGCUGCCGGAAGGUUUACACAAAGAGUUCUCACUUAAAAGCACAUCAGCGGACUCACACAGGUGAGAAGCCGUACAGGUGUUCAUGGGAAGGCUGCGAGUGGCGCUUCGCGAGGAGCGACGAGCUAACCCGACACUUCAGGAAGCACACCGGUGCAAAGCCAUUUAAAUGCAGUCACUGUGACAGGUGUUUCUCCAGGUCGGACCACCUGGCCCUGCACAUGAAGAGGCACCUUUGAGCGGGUCGUAGCUUCACGCUGGGGAUCUGUUGUGUCCUGACCAGCUUCCUGGUUGACCUGGCCCUGCAAGAAAUGGGGGGAGUGUGUUCCAGCCAAAGCAUGCCAUUUUGCACCAUAUCCUGUGCCUCCGUGAGCCCCGGGAUAAAGGCGGACUGACUGGUUGUUGAAACGGAAAAGGAAGGGACAAAAUCACGUAUGAAGAAUCGAACAGAGGAGGAUGAUUUAGUUAAAAAACAAAACAAAAUUUAAAAAAAAAAAAAAAAAAGAGCGAAUGAAUGGUGUGUUGUAUGGUGCAUGAUGUUUUGGACAACUCCUGGACUAUACACUGGUACUUUAAAACAAAUCCUGUUUGACGUGAGCGGAUGAAUGACCCGUGUGCGAAGAAGAAGGGUGGGAGGGGGGUACCAGUGUAUCACUUGUGGGCUGAAUGGUGUCGGGAAACAAGUUCCGUUUUUGUUUCCACACGGUAUGUGAGAACGGCAAAGUCUGAAUGAAGCCGUGAGACUGAGGACUCCUGCCAGACGCCCCCGGGCUCUGUGGCGCAAGACUGAGGGAGGGGGACGAAUCGGCCAGGGUUUCACCCCCUGCCCCCAUCUAAAGGGGGGGCGGAAACUCGGUCCUGAAUGAAAGUGGCUUUUUUGGUGUUCGGUGCAGCUACUAAAUGUGCAAUGUGUUCGGUAGCUUGUUUUUUUGACAGGCUACAAAAGCUCAUUUGUAGUCCGUUGUAUAAGCUGUGUGCUUAGAGAUGUAACACAAUUAUAACUUCACUAUCAUAAACAGGUGUUGCAUGGUAUUGGGGUUUGUACUUCUCUCUCUUCUCUUUUUUGUUUUUUUUGUAAUUGGGACUGCAAAUAGAUUCCAAUAAAGCGCAGCUAAAUACAAUUGGUUAAAUGUUACAAUAUUGUACAUAAACACAUUGAUCAUUCUUCACUCUAAAUUCCCUCUUUUUUCUUUUUCCAAUGGGGGGGGGGGGAGAGAAUACUACCAAUCAGCGACCAUUUCAUACAAGACUCAUUUCAUCUUGAGGACUAAAUUCUCUCUUUCUAUCCAUUUUACCUGUUGUUAAUGCACUGUUGGCCUUAAUGGUGCCUUAUGCAAGUGACCUUUCCAAUUGGGGGUCGCAAAAUGUCAUGUAUAAGUGAUUGAAAAAGCUUUAUUAAGGCUCUGUUUCACAUGAACAUGCACCUUUCCCAUUUCCGAGGCCACUGUAGCCAAGCCCUUGUAGAUACAUAAUAUAUUGUUAUUCUUGAGCAUGCGAUUUCAUUCUUUGUCACUAAUAUUUGCCCUCGCAUUUCUAGAUGUUGUCAAAUCUGCAAUGUAGAGCACUUAAAGUUACGGAUUUGGUAUCUACUGAAUGAUCUUUUGAGUACGCUUUAGAUCUCUAUCUGUGAGAGACAAAAAGCUCUUAAAACAGGCUGUUGUGUAACGCAAGGCUUGAACGUUUGUGGAAUGCCAACUCCCCCCGUCCCUUGUAACCAAGAAUAAAGAAAAAAAAAAAAAAAAAAGCGCCUAAAGAUUUAUUGUAAUUAACAAGCUCCAGUCAGACAGGCCUUGCCUUGUACUGCCUCUCUGUAAUGAAUUGCUGAAGGCCCUGCCUGCUACAGACUGCUGACUCGGGCAGUUCGAUAUUGACCUGUCUGGAUGCCGUUGUUUUAGUCCAGCGACAGUAUUGUGGAAACAGUGCACAGCCAUCCAGAAAGAUAAAGAUAUAUCGCACACUUUUUCAACAUUUACAAUGGAAAUUUACGGACGUGGAGAAAGCCGCUCGUUCGGCUGUGUGCAUUUCUUUUGCCCGAAAUGUAAACUGUAAUGUUUUCAGGGACCAAACGAUCGAUUAAAUUUAUUGUACAUAGUUAUAUGCUUGAAUUCUUUGAGUAGCGUGCUUUUAUAAGCGCCGUGCGAUGAAGGUUUGACACUGUUGCAUGUUGAGCAGCUUCGUAGAUACGGAUUGUUUCAGCAGGAGAAAAGUAACUUGAAGCAGCUUGUGCUGCCAUUAAAUCAGACCAGCCAGGGUUUCGUGGGCAAAGAACAUUGUGUCUUUCCAACAGUGGCCAAUAUUAGUCAAGUGCUAAUGGAGCCUUAAUCAAGUUUUCCAUUUGCUUGCUUCUACCAACACUUUCUAUCACUUAUGUUUUCUCUCAUGAAUCCCUCUUGUCUAAAGAAUAUUUGUACAAAAAGAAUAAAAACGGAAACGUUAGGUCGGAAAACACAGAAAAAAACCUUUUUCUAAGAUUUUUAUUUGUUUUUGCUUUAUAUGAAUUUUAUUUGAAAUUGUUUUGCAAAAUUGUUAUAUUUCUGUAUGAAUGUAUUUUUUAUUGGAAUAAUAAGAAAUUCUUAUCGGACAAGUUUGA